GAGUGCCGCCGCUCCAUCCAAAACACCAAAGAAGAAAAUGCGUGUUUUUAGCUUAUUAGCUAAAGCGCUUCAUCUCUAAACGCGUAUAAUCUGCCGCUCGCUUUAAAAUCGCACAUUAUUUUGGGAUAUAAACGUGCACAAAGAUCCAUAUUCAGGAAUAAAGGAGAAGAUAAAGGUAGAGCAGUCAUGCAGAUCACACUGAAGACUUUGCAACAGCAGACCAUUCAAAUAGACAUCGACGAUGAUCAGACGGUGAAGGCACUGAAGGAGAAGAUUGAGGCUCAGAAGGGCAGAGACAGUUUUCCAGUGGCAGGACAGAAGCUCAUCUACGCCGGAAAAAUCCUGCAGGAUGACACGCCCAUCAAGGAGUACAAAAUUGACGAGAAGAACUUUGUGGUGGUGAUGGUGUCAAAGACAAAGUCGCCACCCACCCCACCCUCAGAGCUGCCCAAAUCCUCUGCUGCACCUUCCUCUUCCUCCUCCUCCUCUCCUCCUCCUCCUCCUCUUCCAGCCCCUGCAGUCAUCCCUAUCCCCAGAGACGAGUGCCCGGAUGACCCCCCUGCAUCUGUCUCACCUGCACAGAGCCCUGACGGUGGUAGGAGCAUUGUGGCUGAUGGGGAAGAUGCAUCUUCAACUUUGGUGACAGGUCAGGAGUAUGAUGCCAUGCUCACUAAUAUCAUGUCUAUGGGCUAUGAGCGAGAUAAAGUAGUGGCUGCACUCAAGGCCAGUUAUAAUAACCCUCAUCGUGCUGUGGAGUACCUGCUAAAUGGGAUCCCUUCAGUCCCUGUUCAGGAAACCAGCCCUGCCCCAACCCAACUCACCACUGACACACCCUCCACAGAAGGUGAGAAUCCUCUGGAGUUCCUGCGUUCACAGCCGCAGUUUCAGAGUAUGAGGCAGGUGAUUCAGCAGAACCCGUCCUUACUGUCGGCCCUCUUACAGCAGCUGGGUCAGGAGAACCCAGAACUACUGCAGCAAAUCAGCCAGCAUCAGGAGCUGUUCAUCCAGAUGUUGAAUGCACCAGUGGGUGAAGGGGAGGGCGGAGAGAGUGGGGAGUUCGCUGACCUGGGUGCUGUGGCUGACGAAGGAGCACCUGGCAGUUACAUCCAAGUGACACAACAGGAGAAAGAAGCCAUUGAGAGGUUAAAAGCUCUUGGUUUUUCCGAAGCCCUGGUGGUCCAGGUGUACUUUGCCUGUGAGAAGAACGAGAAUCUGGCGGCCAACUUCCUACUCAAUCAGAAUUUUGAGGACGAAUGAGAGUCGUGGAACGCCCGCGUGCCCCUUCCCCUCCACCACACAUGCACUGCAUCUACUCGGGACAUCAGUUUCCCCCAUUAUUUCUUUGUGUUUAUAAGUCAAGGGGAGACUCGCAGACUGGGUGGGAAUGGGGCGGAUGUAUUUCAAUGAAAAAAUUCCAAUGGAAUUGAUGGCAUUUGGAUUGAAUGCACUCUAGCAUGUUGAAGGGGUGUGCUUGCACGUGAAUGUGUGUAUGUGUGUGUGUUUCCUUAGGGAAUAUUUGACUAAAUCGGCAUCAAUUGAAAGUAAAUGCUCUCCUAGUCAUAUUAUGGGAUAUGAUGAGCAAGGUUAGAUGUGCAUAUAAGAAUUGCUUGUUUGUUUUUAUUUCGGAGAAGGAUUAAUAAUAUAUGUCUAAAGGAGAAUUUUAUACAUUUCUCUAAUAUCAGAGAUAUUUCUGUAUUUCUCCCUGCACACACUUCAGAUGAAUGUGAUGACAGCAUUAAAACAUGAUAUAAGAUAAUCCAAAUAAUAUCAGUUUUAAACUCAGUCUCUAACAGUGUUUCUGUAAGGUGAUGAUACUGAGCAACACAUUUGUAAAUGAACAUCAUAACCUGAGUGAUGAUCAGUGGUUUGAAUGUACCGUGAUUGAGGAUAAAAAUAUUUGUUUGAUAACCCCACCUGUCCCAUUCAAAGGUGAAGUGUGUAAUUUUGGUGCAACAACUGGCAUAAACAAAAUUACAAUUUGUUUGAUUGGACCAGACAGUGAGUUUGGGGCAGGAUAGCCUGUUUGCCCAACCAGUGGAAGAUGGGACAGUGUUUAAAACUUUUUUGAACAGUCGUUAUUUUUGCAAUUUUGUUUGGUGACACAGAAAUUAUGCACUCUAACUUUUUAAGCUCCUUAUUUAUUAUCCUUUAAAAAAAAAAAAAAAAACAA